AUCUCUGAGGGAAAUGAAGUGGUAGCCUAUAGACUAGGUUACUUUUUAAACAUUCUUACUUUAUUCACUUAUUCAUCCUGAUACAGCCUACCACUCCCUAGGUUCUCGCUGUUGAGAGCAUGCUAAAAUAUAACACCUCCCUCUCUAACAAUUCAGAACAAUGGAGCUGAUUAGGGCGCGGUGGAGUGAAUGGCGUAAUAUGGCUUCAUAAACAAAAUAGGGCAUUUUCCAGUAGGCUAUGCCAAGAAAACUUAACAUAUAGACAUCGAUACGAUACCACCUGUCAUCUUUCUCUUUGUGAGGUGAUGUCUACAGCGAUGGCGACAGUUGGCUUGCAAAAUACCUGCAAUACCAGCAGUAGGCUACACCUGACCUGAGCAGGUAGUCUGCCCUGCCCCCGGAAGUGCGCAGUUUUGAAUUCUCAGCGUUUUGAAUGAGAGAAACAUUUGUCUCCUGGGAUUGCAACUUUUAACACACGCUAACUAGGCUACUUCUUCAUAUUUGGUCAGAGGUGUUAAAGUAGCUAUUUAAUAAGUUAAGCAACAUUUUACGAAACAAUAACAAUCAUGAGUAAGGUUUCAAAAAUGUUCACGGGUUCGAGCUCAAAAUCUAGCUCAUCUAGCUCCUCGAAAUCGAAGUCAAAACAUCGGUCUAAGGGAGAGGCUACUCCUCGAGAAGCCAUUCAUAAAUUACGGGAGACUGAGGCUAUGCUUACUAAAAAACAAGAGUACCUGGAAAGGAAGAUCGACGAGGAAAUUGCCAUUGCCAGGAAGAAUGGCACAAAAAAUAAAAGGGCCGCUUUGCAGGCACUGAAGAGGAAGAAGCGCUAUGAGCAGCAGCUCACUCAGAUCGACGGCACUCUCUCCACCAUUGAGUUCCAGAGGGAGGCCCUGGAGAACACCAGCAUGAACACAGAGGUGCUGAAGAACCUGGGCUAUGCAGCCACGGCCAUGAAAAAAGUUCAUCAGAAAGUAGACAUGGAUAAGAUUGACACACUGAUGGAUGACAUUCAAGAACAACAGGAUGUUGCCAGGGAGAUCAGUGAUGCCAUCUCACGGCCCUAUGGAGAGGACUUUGAUGAGGAUGAGCUGUUGGCGGAGCUGGAAGAGCUAGAAAUGGAGGAGAGCUCCAAGAGAAUGGCGAAGUUACCCAGUGCGCCCACGGUCAGGUUGCCAAGUGUGCCACAGUCCAGCCACCGCACUCCCUCGAGGAAGCGUGUGGAGGACGAUGCAGAUAUGAAAAGGCUUGCGUCCUGGGCAGUCUGAGCUUCUCCUGCCCUGGCAACGUCUUGUGCCAUUAUUGGUAAAAUAUGGAAGCUAAAACAGUCUCUGAGAAUGUACUGUAGAGCUUUUAUAAGAGAAAGUUUGAAGUUACACUAAUCACAUGUUUAUAUAAGUGAUUUUGCACUUUUAAAAUUUGCCAAACAUCUUUUAAUGCAAAAUGAAGGAUAAUUGUUCUGGCAAAAUCUUUUACAUUGUGGUGGAGACGCCCAUCGUCCUCCCCUUGCCUGCCGUGAAUAUUGGCUCUUUUACCCUUUUACCUUCUGUACUAUGUUUGUCAUGUUUAAGCGUUGGUCUGUGGGAAUCAGAAAAAAAACUUUCCUCUAAGAUUCAUUGUGGUCUCUUUGCAUUAGGACAGAAUGAUUGAAGAUUUUCUUUUCUUUCCCUUUAGAUAUGUUAGCUCAGGUGUGUAACUACCACUAGUGAACAUGAAAUCGGUUUCCCUAAGCCCACAUUCCAGAAAUGUAUUGCCAUUUUUAUGUAAAUAAUCUAAAUGAUUGAUUAUUUUAUUUGAGUGAUUAAUAAACAUGUUGAAAGUC